AAGACGUAUAGUGUGCCCCUGUGACGUCACUGGCUGUAUUGCCGCGAAAUGUCAAAACAUGGCAGCAGCUCUUCUGAAAUAAUUUGAAACCAGGAUCCUCUUGUGAAUUGAAGGCAAAAUAAUGAGAAGAAGCCAGCUUAAAAACCUUGUGGAAUCUCCUCUCCGUGGCAAGGAUGCACUCCAACUCCUUCCAAAAAAAGUGCAGGAAAAACUGAUGCCUUUUCAGAGAGAGGGGGUCUGUUUUGCUCUCUCAAUGGAUGGACGGUGUAUGAUUGCAGAUGAGAUGGGUUUGGGAAAAACAAUCCAGGCCAUUUCUGUGGCGUAUAUCUACAGACAGGAAUGGCCACUGUUGAUUGUGGUGCCUUCAUCGCUGAAAUACCCCUGGAUUGAAGAACUAGAAAAAUGGAUUCCUGAACUCGAACCCAGAGACAUCAACUUGGUGGAAAGCAAGACCGACAUAAUGAGUAUCGGCACCAGUAAAGUGACUAUUCUUGGAUAUGGGCUGCUCACCACAGAUGCACGACCCCUGCAGGAGGCUCUGAACAAACAACGUUUCGGCAUUGUUGUAGUGGAUGAAUCCCAUUACCUGAAGUCCCGUAAUGCAGCUCGUAGUAAAAUACUAGUGCCAAUCAUCCAGAAUGCCAAGCGUGCCAUCCUUCUAACUGGCACCCCGGCGCUGGGCAGACCAGAGGAGCUUUUCAUGCAAAUCGAUGCCCUGUAUCCACGGAGGUUUGGAACCUGGAGCGACUACGCCAAAAAAUACUGCAAUGCGCAUUACAAGUAUUUUGGUGCCAGACGUCAAUGGGAUUGUCGCGGCGCGUCUCAUUUGGAUGAGUUACACCAGCGCCUCAAUGAAAUCAUGAUUCGUAGACUUAAGAAUCAAGUGCUAACUCAACUGCCACCCAAAGUACGUCAACGAAUUCCCUUUGACUUACCCAAAGAUGCAGCCAAGGAAGCGAGUGCUAGUUUUGAGCAGUGGGAGCGGUUGAUGAGUUUUCAGAGUGAGAAUCAGUUUGUGGAGGUGAUGAGUCUCAUCACACACAUGUAUAAACAGACCGCCAUUGCCAAGGCUGGAGCGGUGAAGGACUAUAUAAAGAUGAUGUUGGAGACCGAAGAGCUAAAGUUUCUGGUUUUUGCUCAUCAUCUUAGCAUGCUGCAGGCAUGUACCGAGGCUGUCAUUGAGGCCAAGGCUGGUUAUAUCCGCAUAGAUGGCAGCGUUCCAUCUGCAGAGAGGAUCCAACUGGUGCAUCGUUUUCAGAAUAACCCAGACACACGGGUGGCCAUACUAAGUAUACAGGCUGCUGGACAGGGUCUGACAUUUACGGCCGCGUCUCACGUGGUCUUUGCGGAACUCUACUGGAAUCCAGGACACAUAAAACAGGCGGAAGAUCGAGCGCACCGCAUAGGACAGACAAGCACUGUGCACAUCCACUACCUCAUCGCCAAAGGAACUUUUGACACCGUCAUGUGGGCUAUGCUCAACAGAAAGGAAACGGUAACGGGGAGUGCUCUGAACGGAAAGAAAGAGUAUUUGAAAGCUGAGGAGGGAGAUAAGGAGAAAUGGGACUUCCUGAAUUUCGCUGAAGCAUGGACGCCAAGCAAGACCACAAGAGGCGACUCUGAGGAUGACAAAGACAGCCUUUUCUUUUCUCAUUUUGAAAGGGACAAGCAGCAUGACAUCCGAUCAUUCUUUUCCCCUUCUGUGAAUCAAGAGAAGAAAAGAAAAAGAACAGUAGAUUCAUCUUCCGACAGCUUGCCUCCCGCCCAAUCACCCGAGGAGCCGGAGCCUAAUCAGACCACAGACAUCCAGAGUUCUGUUUCGAAGACCAAUCAGGGGGAAGACUUUUCCCCCCAGCUGAAGCGAUUUAGGCAGGUUACCCCAUUGUCAUGCAGGGGUAAGAAAAGCCCUCUGUCGCCCUUGUGCGCUCCCCGCAGGCUGUCAGAAGGACUGCAGGCGUCGCGCCACAAUGAAAAGUGGAGCUGUUCAUCAUGUACGUUCUCCAACAGUGGAUUGCUGCUACGCUGUGAGAUGUGUGAAACUCCACGAAACUUGCAGAGAGUUGCUCCAAGCCCACCUUCCUCAUUACCGGGGGGUACCGGGGGCUCCUCUGCCUCAUCCUCAUUGAUUGCUGCCUCGUGCAUCUCUGACUCAGACCACGAAAGUGAGCUGCCCACCCCCAGUGGCCCGGACAGCGAUCCUAACAUCAGCACCCCACAGACUCCAUAUGCACAUAAGAGCCAAUGGGCCAAUCAAGACGAAGCGGAGAUGCACAUAAAUAUGUCUCAAGAAACACAAGGACUCACCCCAAAAAUGCCCUCUAGUGGUAAUGACAAUCACACUCAUGAGGAGUCGGACAAUUCCUUUCCCGUGUACGACAAUCUAAAAUUCUGUGCCAGCAAAAACACAGAUAGGAUCUACAUAUAUGACAAGGAUGGUCUCCCGCUCUGCUGUAACUUCGUUCCUCUGGAUAUCAGACUGCAGAACUGGGAGGAACUGCCACCAGAAUUCAAUCACACUGACAACAGGAGACAGCUUGUGCGUUUUGUGCGUGAGUGGAGCUCUCUCACACUGAUGAGGCAGAGGAUGGUGAGGAAGAGUGGAAGAGUGUUUCACAGCCCCAUCCUGCUGCUAGAGGAACUCGCACACUCACAGAGACGCCACAGCAGCACCUCCAGGUAUCUCUCUAAACAGGAUGUAGCUCAGACCUCCAUUGCCGUGGCUCAGAAAGAGGGCGGAGCUAUUCGCAUCAUCAAUAAGGACAAUGUCGCCCCUAAACGAAAAUCCACAGUCAAACCGACUAACCAGAUUGAUGGAGAAGCCGAGAGCUCCUCUGUAUGCAUCCAGACAGACUCUGACUGCGGUUACCUGCAGGCCGUGGACUCAGCCGGUACCCCCCUGUGUCUGUCCUGCCAGAAGCCUAGCAUCGAGCACUCUGGCUGGGCAGGAGGCUUCUGCAGCCCUGUCUGUAUGGAGGACUUCCAGCUGCGCUCAAAUCAGAGCUUCAUGCGUGCCCGCGUGCUUGAGACUGAGCAAGGUGUGUGUCAACACUGCGGAUUGAAUGCCCACCAACUCUACCUGCAGGUCCGAGACGCCCCAUGCACACACCGCAAGGAGAUACUGGACAACACCUGGCUGGCACAACUUCCUCUAAAGCAGCUGAAUGAAAUGAUUCACAAUCCUGCUGAAGGUCAAUUCUGGCAGGUGGACCACAUUAACCCUGUGUACAGAGGAGGAGGACAGUGUUCACUGGAGAACCUUCAAACCCUCUGCACUGUCUGCCAUCGUAUGAGGACGGCACAGCAAGCUAAAGACAGAAGUCAGAUGAAACGGGACAAAGCUGCAUCCAAACUAGCCUCUGACAUCACGCGAUUCUUCGUGAAAAAAUGAGAUGCACUGCCUGUCAGUGCAGAAUGAAGGGUGUUUGGAGCAGUGAUUGGGCAAGACAGAAUGUUCUGCUGGCUGUAUCACCUUCACUAGUGCAGUGCUGGGUGUCUUCUACAACACGAUAAAACUUAUCUCUCCCUCAGACAGACAGAGAGAAAGAGAAAGAGAGACAGGUUGACACAAGAUGCAGGGUAGGUAUUCUUGUACUGCUGUGUACAUUUAUAAGGAACUUGUAUGUUUACCUUUAGUCUGAAUCUGAAUCUCUUUGAUUCGCCAGUACUUGUGAGGAACAGGAAUUUACUUUGGUCACUUUUGGCACCUGCCCAACAUGCAACAAAGGACAGUUACAAUACGACAUACACAUUACCAUACAAUAUACACAAUACAUACACAACUAACAUACAGUAUGUGCAUACAAAUAAAUCAUGAUUUCAUUGGUCAUUAUUUGUGGGUAAAAAAGGUUUUCACUUGUUUUGAUUUAAGAUUGCAAUUUCUUUUUAUCGAUUGUGUUUUGAACGCAAUUUGGUCAUAUGUAGAAAAUAAUA